CAACCCAUCUCUGCCCCCGUCAAAAGGAAUGCGUUCGUGACGAUGCAUAAAUGUCUGCUACUAAAUGUGCACUCUCUCUCUCCUUUUCUAUAUAAGUCCUUCCGUUUCUCUCUUCCUCUUUUAGAAGAAACCUCAAAACACAAACCUCUCAUCUUUCUCUCUCUACCCGCAAAUUGCUGAACCUCUCCCGUCCUCACUCCAACGCACAAGCAUUCGUACUUUCUAGAACUUCGCGUCAUUCAGAUUGCCCACUUACUGCGUGCCCACAUUGUCUGACUUAUAAGCCCUUUGCCCCUAACCCAGCUGGAAAUUGACAAACUAAGUCAGAAGCGUCCUUAGCUGGCCCUUUUGAACUUGCUCCUGGGAGGAAGUUUGGCUACUUACUACGAUAUUGAUUCUCAACACCAAUGGUUGGAUUCCAGAGUGACCAUAUGCCUGGGAACAAGUGCAAUGGUAAUUCUAAUAGUUUUCCGGUUCCGGAUCGUCAUGAACGACUUAUGAGAGGAAGAGAGCUAAGAAAAAGCAGCAGGGCAUCUCCUGAUAGUAAUAGUAUUAGUAAUGUGGGUAGUGAAAUUUUUGAGCAUGACCUGCGCUUAAGAGAAGAUAAUAACUCUGCUGCUCCCAUUGUUGAACGAUACCUGGAAGGAGUGGCAGCAGCUGCAGCAGCAGCUCGGGGAGAAAGGAAAGAUGGGAGACCUUUCAGACAACGGCUUUUGGUGGUGGCCAACAGGCUGCCAGUCUCAGCAAUUAGGAAAGGCGAGGAUUCGUGGUCUUUGGAGAUAAGUGCUGGUGGCCUGGUCAGCGCUCUCUUAGGUGUGAAGGAGUUUGAGGCGAGAUGGAUAGGUUGGGCUGGUGUCAAUGUGCCAGAUGAGAUUGGACAAAAGGCACUUACAAAAGCUUUGGCUGAAAAGAGGUGUAUCCCAGUAUUUCUUGAUGAAGAGAUUGUGCAUCAAUAUUACAAUGGCUAUUGCAAUAACAUUCUGUGGCCCCUUUUUCAUUACCUUGGACUUCCACAAGAAGACCGCCUUGCUACCACACGGAGUUUCCAAUCUCAGUUUGAAGCAUAUCAGAAAGCAAAUCAAAUGUUUGCUGAUGUUGUAAAUAAGCACUAUGAAGAGGGUGAUGUUGUUUGGUGCCAUGAUUACCAUCUUAUGUUUCUUCCACAAUGCUUAAAGAAUUAUAACCACAAAAUGAAAGUUGGCUGGUUUCUGCAUACCCCAUUUCCAUCUUCUGAAAUUCACAGGACAUUGCCAUCUCGCUCAGAACUCUUGCAUGCUGUUCUUGCAGCUGAUUUGGUUGGUUUUCACACGUACGAUUAUGCACGGCAUUUUGUCAGUGCAUGUACACGCAUUCUUGGACUUGAGGGCACACCUGAAGGGGUUGAGAAUCAGGGGAAGCUGACUCGAGUUGCAGCAUUUCCAAUAGGUAUAGACUCAGAACGAUUCAUACGUGCACUUGACCUUCCUCAAGUCAAGGAUCACAUCAAAAAAUUACAAGAGAGAUUUAAUGGAAGAAAGGUAAUGUUAGGUGUUGAUCGCCUUGAUAUGAUUAAAGGAAUCCCUCAAAAAAUUCUAGCAUUUGAAAAAUUUUUGGAAGAAAAUCCUGGUUGGCAUGAUAAAGUUGUUCUGCUUCAAAUUGCCGUGCCGACAAGAACAGAUGUUCCUGAGUAUCAAAAGCUUACUAGCCAGGUCCAUGAAAUUGUUGGUCGCAUCAAUGGCAGAUUUGGAACACUGACUGCUGUUCCCAUACAUCACCUGGAUCGCUCUCUUGAUUUUCAUGCACUGUGUGCUUUGUAUGCUAUUACCGAUGUAGCACUUGUCACAUCUUUGAGGGAUGGAAUGAAUCUUGUAAGUUACGAAUUUGUGGCCUGUCAAGAUAAAAAGAAAGGGGUUCUCAUUCUCAGUGAAUUUGCUGGUGCUGCACAGUCACUUGGUGCUGGGGCUAUUCUUGUUAACCCUUGGAACAUCACAGAAGUUGCUACUGCAAUUUCCAAGGCUCUGAAUAUGCCAUCGGCAGAACGCGAGAAGAGACAUAAGCAUAACUAUGAACAUGUAAAAACUCACACUGCUCAGGAAUGGGCAGAAACUUUUGUAAGUGAACUAAAUGAUACUGUUGUCGAGGCACAGAUAAGGACAAAUCAAGUUCCACCACGGCUCCCAACAGAGACUGCAGUUGAAUGUUAUUUGCAGUCAAAUAAUCGGUUGCUUAUUUUGGGUUUCAAUGGAACCUUAACUGAGCCAAUUGAGAGAGAAGGUGAUCGGUUUAAAGAAAGGGAACUCACAGUGCAUCCAGAGCUGAAACAGCCCUUGGCCGAACUUUGCAGUGACCCAAAGACCACAGUUGUUGUGCUUAGUGGAAGUUGUAGAACAGUUCUAGAUGAAAACUUUAAAGAAUAUGACAUCUGGCUGGCAGCAGAGAAUGGGAUGUUUCUAAACCCUUCAAAGGGAGAAUGGAUGACAACAAUGCCUGAGCAACUGAAUAUGGAAUGGGUUGACAGUGUGAAGCAUGUUUUUGAUUACUUCACGGACAGAACACCUCGAUCGUAUUUUGAAGAAAGGGAAGCUUCACUUGUUUGGAGUUACAGACAUGCAGAUGUUGAGUUCGGAAGACUGCAAGCAAGGGACAUGCUGCAGCAUCUCUGGACAGGUCCAAUUUCUAAUGCAUCUGUUGAAGUUGUUCAAGGGAGCCGAUCUGUUGAGGUGCGAGCUGCUAAUGUUACAAAGGGAGCAGCUAUUGACCGCAUUCUAGGUGAGAUAGUCCACAGUAAAUCCAUGACAACACCAAUUGAUUACGUUCUGUGUAUAGGACAUUUUCUGACAAAGCAGGAUGAAGAUAUAUACGCGUUUUUUGAGCCAGAGCUACCACGAAGCAAGGUAACAGAAGGAGUCAAGUUUCCUGUUGAGAGGGUAUCGUCAUCCCAAAAUAAGGGACAACGGCCUGUGUCAAACUCUGAGAAGAAAACAAAUAAUCAUGUCUGCCGCCUGCCACGGCGGCCGGCUCCUGAAAAGAUCUCUUGGAAUGUGCUUGACCUCAAGAAGGAGAAUUACUUCUCGUGCGCUGUUGGACGAACACAGACCAAUGCUCGGUAUACGCUUGCUUCACCAGAUGAAGUUGUUGCAUUUCUCAAGGAACUCCAUACUUUGUCUCAGAGCUAAGAUUACGUGCUUUUGCACCUUAGGAUACUUACCCAGCUUCAGAAUUCGGUAUAUACUAGCAAUCAUACUUCAUAAUUCAUAUGCCAACAUUGCAAGUUAAAGAAAGUUGGUAAUUUUAGUCUUCACGAUAUUUCUUGUACAAGAUGGCGCCUCAUUUAGCUAAAUUUGCUUUUAUUC